AUGUUCAAACGUAUCUUUUACACAUCUUUCACUCUUUUAUGCCUGGUCCUCACCGUAUCAGCAUCAAUCACUCCUAGAUUGUCAAAAACACAAAGUUCAGUCGCUUGUACCGGUGAUACUUGUUCCAUGCAAAGGCCCGCUCCGGUAGUUGCUGAGGAAAAUACAGAGCCAGCAAAGAAGUUAAGCAGGUUUUCAUAUGGUAAAGCGCGAAUUGGUAAUUUUUUGCAACGUACUCAUCAUCAAGUAAAGCGAAUUGGUUAUCUAGCUGAUGGUAAAAUGCACAAAUUAGUCGGAGCAAUUGAUGUGGUAGAUAAACAAAAAGCAAGUUUACAAAGAGAUGAAAUUAACAAAUUGAAAAUAUCAGCACAAGAUUUGAAAACGAGAUUCAAAGAACAAAGACGACCUUCAAAUCGAAUCGGUAGAGGCCCUCAACUAACAAGAAGUUCAACGGUUGCCGGGUCUAGCGAUUUUCGUAGACCUGUCUUUUCGCCUAGUCGUGAAUGA